GGUGGGAGUUCUGCCACGAAAUUUCUUUAAUCGAAUCGGUCAUUAGCAAAACCAUAUGAUUCCACUACCUCAGCUAUUGCUGCUUUUGCAAUCACCAGGGCUUAAUGCAUCAUUUCUCACAAGAAUCACUUCAGUUCAAGCCUAUAUUGCGCGUGGGCAGUCCUAUCCGUUUUCAUCAAAUGACAUGAGUCCUGGACUCAUGUUAUUUUGGUUGAACGAACUUGGUUUAUUCACUUUGUGCUUUGCCAAGAUGGCUGAUAGUGACUGUAGUUCUGUAUGCUCUGCUGAGUUUAAGAGUAGACGGAUGGGUGUUGUACAUAAAGAGGAGUAUAAGAGAGAGAACAUAAGAAAAGCGAAAGUGAAGGGACUCCAACGUAUAAACUAUCAAGGCAGAAAUGUACCUGCAAUGCAGCAGGGAGAUGACUGCAAAUGCAAGAAACAGUGUUUCAACAAAAUUUCAGAAGCAGAAAGAAUAGGAGUUUUCAAUAAAGUAUAUUCGUUCAAUAAGAAAAAUGAACAAGAUCUUUAUCUUCAAAGUCUUAUUGAGAUACAAGAUAUAAAGAGGAAGCGACCUCGCAAUGAGGACCCAAAGGAAAGAAGCAGUAAUUUCACAUAUAAUGUUUCUGUUUUUAACAGAAGGGUUGCUGUGUGUAAAAAAGCAUAUGUCAGUCUGCAUGGAAUUACUGAGAACCGGGUUCGACGACUGUGCAACUUGAUUUUGAAAGGAGAGGCCCCAAUAGACAAACGUGGGAAACAUCCAUGCCCACGAAGAAUGUCUGCUGAAACCUGUCAGUUAGUAAGGGAACACAUUGAAUCUUUUCCCUUGAAGGAGGCUUGCUGUUCUAGUCAUGUACAUAAAUACCUUGAUGCAAGGCUGGAUGUACGACAAAUGCACGGACUAUUUCAAGAAAAAUACCCAUCUGCAAAUGUUUCAUACAAAUGCUACUUGAAAUUUUUUAAAGAAAAUUUCUCCUUGGCUUUUGGUAAACCUAAGACUGACAUAUGUUGUGUGGAGAAGCAACCAAGUCAAAAACUGAAAAGCCUUCACUUAAGUGAUAAAGCAAAACAAGUUGCAGCUGCUGAACUAAUGGUACACAGGAGAAGUAGGAACUUUUACACUGCUAUGAAAAAUGUGAAGAAAAAGUGCAGUAAUAGUGAUGACAUUAUAGGACUUACAUUGGACUAUGUGCAGGAUAUGCCCCUAUCAGACAUCCCAAUACAGGAAAUGUUUUAUUAUAGGCACUUACAGGUUUUCAAUUUUUGUGUUCACAAUUUAAAAACAGGAAAAUCUGUAUUCUAUUCUUAUCAUGCAGGUGAAGGGAUAAAGGACCCUGAUACAGGUUGUUCUUUCUUGUUAGAUUAUAUCUCUAAUCAUGUUCCAGAAAGAGUGAAAGAGUUGUACCUCUUCUCUGACAACUAUUCUAGUCAGAAUGGUAACCACACAGUUGUAAGAUUUUUGGCUGCACUAACUGCAUCAAAGAGGUUCCACAAAAUUGUGCAUUAUUUUCCCUUGUGAAAGAGAAAAAUGGCUAAUCUGGUACUGUGAUAGGAUGUAUGAACCUCAUGAUUACAUAGUUGUAAGGUCAAGUAUAUCCUCUGGGAGUGUGUACCAUCAUCAUUUGAGGAAAUUUACAGUAAAAUUUGAUUAAAUAUUAUAGUAAGUGCUGGUGGCCCCAGUAUUAUGAAAAAAUUGCUCACAGGCUCUCAAGCAGAGGAAUACCAAAAUACCAGUUUUUCCCCUGCUGUUUAAUGAUUCCUACAGCCAUAUUGUAGUAGCUUCAACAUUGACAGGCUGCAGAAACAUUAAUUUACUUUUGGAACUUCAAAGACACCUCCAUUGCCAGUGUAGAAAGGAUAUGUUUAAAAAGUAACCGUUCCUUGUAAAGAAUGUACAGGACAUUGGGAAGGUCGUCACUCACAUGAACAUGAAGGUUUUUAUAAUAAACUUGAAGGUACAUUGGAUGACUAAAUGUUCCUCACUGCUUCAAAGACAAAAUAUUGCAUGGAGUUUUGGGGAGAUGAUGUAUGACAUUCAGAAUAUGCUGAUUAUUCACAAAAUAAAACAAUGAACUAUUUU